AGGUGAUGCUGCAGCAGCGAAGGCUCAGUCACUGAUGAUGAGGGUAAAACCGCCCUGAAAGGAACGUUAUUCCCCUGCGAGAGUGUGUGUGUGUGGCACUCGUUUUUUUUUCAUUUGAGGAAGUCAUGAAACUGACGAAAUAUGGACGACAUAUGGCUAUGCACGGCGGAUUUUUACACGCAACCACGCUGACGAACGGGACGUAUUCCUUCAAGCCAGCGUUCGUGCGGAUGGAUCAAGGGGAGACAAAUCUGCCCCGAGACGAUGACGCUAGCUCGUUAGCUUGCUAGCUUGCUCUUUGAUGUGUAGUUCCUCCCGACACAUCACGUUUAAAACGUUCGGGUUUCUGACACGGAGAGCAAAACAUCUUUGCUUGCUUGUUUAUUUUUUUUAUUUUUUAUUACCGACUAAUUCGAGUCACGUAACGUUUGCCUAAAACGGCCGACUUUACCAAAGGGACAUUUCACGUCUUUGCUACACUAGUUAGCGGACUUUAGAAGCAGCUGUUAGCGUUAAGGCUAGCCAAAAAAAAUGAGUUUAGCCAAUUAACACAACGGUAAGUUCAAAAGUCAACGAGUUUCUUUUGACAUCGAGGUGACGCGGGUUGACCCGGUUCGUUACGCCGCAGUUACACCGCCAUAAACGCGAAUAGCCGGACCUUCAGUUGCAUCUGUUUUUUUUUUUUUUUAAAUUAGAAACUUUAUAACGGCUACAACCUGGUGACUGGGGACGGGGACACUAUGUGACAUUUUUGAGGCAGUUCAUCCCUUUUUGUGUCAACAAAGCGCUCGCGCGGGACCUCCUCCCCCCCCCCCCCCCCCCGGCUCAAGACCCGCGUUGAUCCGGGGAAGGGGAGCCGGGAGCCUCGGUGGCGCACUCUUUUGCGCCAGGAUUGGUUUUCGCGAGGAGCCUCGGCGCCGCCAGACAUGCGUCUUUCCUCAUUCUUGGCCGUGUUCAGGCCUGCUCUGCCCCUCAUCCUCGGGCUGUCUCUGGGCUGCAGCCUGAGCCUUUUGAUGGUGUCCUGGACACAAGGGGAUGCCGACGACUCCUGCGGGGAUGAGCUGGGCAACGGGAGGCUUCCCGUGGGCCGAGGGGAUGCCCGCAGGGACCCCAGGGACGGAGGUGGAGAUGAAGACUUCCAGCCGCGCGUCGUGCCCUAUCACAAGGACCCCAACAAGCCACACAAGAAGGUCCUGAGGACUCGUUACAUUCACACUGAACUGGGCAUCAGGGAGCGACUGCUGGUGGGCGUGCUGACCUCCCGGGCCACCCUCAACACGCUGGCCGUGGCGGUGAAUCGCACAGUCGCCCACCGCUUCCACCGCACCUUCUUCUUCACGGGCCUGCGCAGCCCCAAGGUGCCUCACGGCAUGACCGUGGUCGCCCACGGCGACGACCGCCCGGUGUGGCUGAUGUACGAGACGGUCCGCCACCUCAAUCAGCACUACGGCUCCGACUACGACUGGUUCCUCUUAGCCCAGGACGACACUUACAUGCAAGCGGAUCGGCUGUCAGAGCUGGUGGGCCACCUCAGCGCGGGUCAGGACCUCUACAUGGGCCGGGCGGAGGAGUUCAUCGGUGGGGAGGAGAAGGCGCGCUACUGCCACGGGGGCUACGGCUACCUGCUGUCCCGCAGUCUGCUGGCCCGCCUGCAGCCCCACCUCGACACCUGCCGCAACGACAUCCUCAGCGUGAGACCCGACGAGUGGCUGGGCCGCUGCAUUAUCGACUACCUGGGCCUCAGCUGCGUGGAGGUGUACCAGGAGAUGACCUAUCGGUACUUCGAGCUUGGUAAAAACGCAGAUCCAGAGCGGGAAGACAGCAUCCAGUUUAAAACUGCCUUCACGGUCCAUCCUAUAUCCGAGCCCAAUCUCAUGUACCGCCUGCACAAACGAUUCAGCCAAAUUGAGCUGGAAUGGACUUACGUGCAGAUACAGCAGCUGCAGGUGCAGAUCAACAACCUGAGUGACCUGACGCCAGAGGGCAAAGCUGGAGUCACGUGGCCCGUCGGGAUCAACCCCCCCUUCAAGCCGAGGACCCGCUUCGAGGUGAUAAACUGGGAGUACUUCACGGAGGAGCACAUCUACUCGUGCGUCGACAGCUCCCCCAAGUGUGAGAUGAGGGGGGCCGACCGCGCCGACGUCUCCGCCGUGCUGGAGGUGGCGGUGGAGCGGCUCAACGAGCGCUACCAGCCCCAGCUCCGCUUCCGCAAGCGGCGCCUGCUGAACGGCUACCGGCGCUUCGACCCCACGCGCGGCAUGGAGUACGUGCUGGACCUGGCGCUGGAGGCGUACACCCAGAAAGGCCACAGUCAGGUCCUCGCCAAACGGGUGAACCUGCUGCGACCUCUGAGCGCCGUCGAGAUCAUCCCCAUGCCCUACGUGACGGAGGCGACGCGGGUGCAGGUCAUCCUGCCCGUCACCGCCCAGGAUCAGGACUUUGUCGGCAACUUCCUCGACAUGUUCGUGAUGAACACGCUGGACACGCACGACAACGUGCUGCUCACCUUCCUGUUCAUCUACGACCCCUUCGACGCGCAGCGGGUGAGCCAGACCGACGUGUUCGCCGGCAUCAAGGCCAUGAUCGGGGAGGUGGAGAAGCGCUACGGAGACGUGAAGAUCCCCUGGAUCAGCGUGAAGACGGAGGUGCCCUCGCAGGUCAAGCUCAUGGACAUCAUCUCGAAGAAGCACCCCGUCGACACGCUGUUCUUCCUGGCCGGCGUGGGGACGGAGAUCAACGCCGACUUCCUGAAUCGCUGCCGAAUGAACGCCAUCAGCAACUGGCAGGUGUUCUUCCCCGUCCACUUCCAGGAGUACAACCCCGCCGUCAUGUACCGCGACCAGCAGCCCUCCGCCGCCGCCUCCUCCGCCUUCGCCUCGGAGUCGCUGCGCGACGGCCACUUUGACCGCCACGUCUUCGACGAGGCCUGCUUCUACAACGCCGACUACAUGACCUCGCGGACCAAGAUGGCCGCCGACAUCUUGGACAACGAGGAGCUGCUGGAGAGCAUGGACGUGUACGACAUAUUCGUCCGCUACUCGGGCCUGCACGUGUUCCGAGCGGUGGAGCCGGCGCUGAUCCAGAAGUACGUGCGGCGGACGUGCAACCCGCGGUUCAGCGAGGACAUCUACCACCGCUGCGUCCUCAGCAGCCUGCAGGGCCUGGGGUCCCGCUCACAUCUGGCCAUGGCCCUUUUCGAACAAGAGCAGGCCAACAGCACCUAAAAGCCACGGGGGGGGGGGGGGAGGGUGCGGGGGGGGAGAGGACGCGAAUUUUGAAUGUGGUUACCGAGAUUCACAGCCUCGCGUUUGGCAGGAAGAGGUUACGGAGCCGUCUUUGCUCGGCUCACGAGCGCCUGACUCAUCUGUUUAUGCUGUGACUCGGUCUCGUCUCACGAUGAGUCACGGAGGAGGGACUGAAUGGAACUACUGUUACCUGUUCUUCUAAAAGGAGAGACUAUAUUUAUACUUGCUAUUUUGUAAUUAUCGGAGGUCGUGUCUUCCUGAGCGAAAAUAUUUAAAAUAAUUCUGGAAACACAGUGAAGCCGUCGGCUGCCUUUUCUUUUCUUUCUAAGAGGUAUUAAAGAGCAACAUUUCUCCAUCCAUACCGUGCCGUGUGUAGGAUGUGUGUGCGCCACCCCCCCCCCGUUCCUGUAGGUUUCUGAUAAAAAGCCCCUUUGGUGAUGUCGUAUUCUGAUUAACAUAAUGUUCCUCUUCCGGUUUGCCUGUCAGCUCUUUGCUGAGGCGCCUGGAGGCAGUGAACUGUUUGUUCCACAGCCCCCCCCCCUCCCCACGCUGAGUCAGCUGGUUUUUAACGAGCACUCUGCGCACGCCAUUCGGGGACAGGGGUGAACCCGGUGAGCCCAGAGGGAGGGGCGUCUCCACCUCGCCUCGUGGUGCGGGUGGCUAACCUGAUGAAUGGCUCACUUCACACAGCCCUCCUCCUCCUCGGACCUUCCCGCUGAGGCCCCUCAACCGCAAACUUCUUCCAUGUGAGGGCUGUCGGGGU